AUGACUUACAAUGCAGUCACAGAACUCAUGACUCACGCGAAGAAACCGAAGCCAGCGCCAACAGAUAGUGCGCCCACGGACACGAUGAAUACUGUGAAGAGAGCAGCAAAGAAAGCAUGGGAUCGGAGGGACGGCCUGAUUGCGUAUAUCGAACAACCGGAGAAGAACCCUGAGGGCAAGGUAGUCGAGUACGACGACGACUUCGUGGUGAUUAACGACAAGUACUCGAAGGCGAGCGUCCACCUCCUACUCCUCCCGCGCGACCCAGCAAUCUACCACCAACACCCGCUCGAGCUCCUCUCCUCCAACCCGCAAUUCCUCGAGAAAAUACGCACCCGCGUCGAGCGCCUAAAGCAGCUCGCAGCCAGCGAACUCCGCCGCCAAUACGGCGCCUCCUCCGCUUCCGACGCCCCCUACCAAUCCGCCCUCGAGGAGCUCAUGUCCUCCGCCGACCCACCACCGCCAGACGAGCGCGCCGCCCUCCUCCCACCCGGCCGCGACUGGCUCUCAGAAAUAAAAGCCGGCGUCCAUACACAUCCCUCUAUGAACCACAUGCACGUCCACAUCAUAUCGCGCGAGAUGAACUCGCCGUGGCUAAAGCACAAGAAGCAUUAUCUGAGCUUCAAUUCGAGCUUCUUCGUGGGACUGGACGAGCUGCCGCUAGAGAAGGGGAGCCCGAGGUUUCAUCCGGGCGAUUGGCCGAAGUGGGAUAUGGUGUGUUGGCGGUGCGGAAGGAAUUUCGAGAAUAAGUUUGCGGCGCUGAAGAAUCAUCUUGGGAAUGAGUUUGAGAAGUGGAAAAAGGAGUAAGGCACUCUGGGCUGGAAUACUGGGGUAGUCAGAUUCACGGCUCGAUACCGCGAGCUUCACGAAUAUAGAAACAGAGAUACCCUUGACAACUCCGUUUUAUUAUCCCCGUAGUUAUACAAAACCGGCAACUUUUGGGGUUCGUGAUAGAGUACAUUUUCAUAUCGCCAAGAUGCUUGCCAUGUCCAGGGCGUGGCACGCAUUCUCAGCCUGCCAGAUAUGCGUCAUCCAGGGAGCCCGUCUAAAUAGCGUUCCAAGUCCCAUUGGGUUUCCUACAACGCGUCCACCAAAUAUCACGAAGCCUUCAAAAAGGCCCAUGCCACCACGACACACCCACAACAUGUUCCACCGUACAGAUUGCAUCCCCUAGAACCAUCAAUCCCUUUAUC